AUGGCAUCACUAUCUCUCUCAGAUAUAAUUGCGGCCCUUCCGUCGGGCGACUCAUGGGGCCCCCCAACUUCAACAGAAACGACUUUGAACGGAGUUCCCUAUGCUCCCUACUCCAAAGGCGACAAAUUGGGUCGCAUGGCAGACUGGACCACCGAGGGCAAGGAUGGACGAGAUGGCAGAGGUGGGAGACAACAAUAUCAAAGAAACUACAGAGAUCAACAAGUCUACGGCGCUGGCACAUCUUCGCUUUUCGCUGUCCAGGUUGCGGAAGACGAAUCUUCUUUCUCCGUCGUCAGCAAUACUCGCGAUUCGACAAAGACAAGGUUUGGACGUGGUGGAGCCUUCGGUCGAGGAGGACGGGGCCAACGUGGUGGGCGAGGAACCGAUACGCGAGGCGGGCGCGGACAGUUCCAGAGAGUUGGAGGACGAGGUGGCCAACAAGGAUACAACAACUACGAUAACAGAGGAGGCCGAGGUGGUGCGCGUGGGGGACGACGAUUCGGAUGGAAAGACUAUGAUAAGCCGCAACGCAAUAGGGAUGCAUCGGUCAAUAUUAAGCCUGAUUGGAAGAUGUUGGAGGAGAUCGAUUUCAACCGUCUUGCUAAAUUGAACUUGGAUACCGACGACGGAGAAGAUAUUGACAGCUACGGUUUCCUUUACUAUUACGAUCGAUCAUACGACAAGCAGGCCGUUAAGACUGCAGAACGCAAGUUGAGUGUCGUUGACCGGGCUGCCUACAACGUCACUACCUCCUCCGACCCUGUCAUCCAAGAGCUCGCUGAGAAAGAUGAGGCUACUAUUUUUGCAACAGACAGCAUUCUUUCUAUGCUUAUGUGCUCGCCCCGAUCCGUUUAUCCUUGGGAUAUUGUCAUCGUUCGACAAGGCAACAAGGUGUUCCUCGACAAGAGAGACAAUGCUACACUCGACAUGGUCACCGUCAACGAAAAUGCAGCCGAUGCCCCUAUGGAUGCGUCUGAAGGCAGUAAGGAUGCCAUCAACCAACCUAGUGCGCUGGCUGACGAAGCUACUUACAUCAACCACAACUUUGCAAACCAAGUCAUGGUGGAGAAUGAGAACCAGAAGGUUGAGAUGUCCCACGAGAACCCCUUCUACAACCCCGCCGAAGAGACCGAGCCAGCUGCUAGCAAGGCUUACAAAUACCGCCGCUUUGAUCUUUCGCUCAAUGAUGAGGAUCCAGUUCACUUGAUUGUCCGAACCGAGCUCGAUGCAGUUCAGAAGAACGCCAUCAGUGGUGAGGAUCAAUACAUCACAGUCAAGGCUUUGAACGAGUUUGAUCACAAAGCUCAAGGAAGUGGAGGUGCUCUGGAUUGGAGAACCAAGCUGGUCAGUCAGCGUGGUGCUGUUGUGGCUACGGAAAUGAAGAACAACAGCUGCAAGCUUGCUAGAUGGACUGUUCAGAGUAUCAUGGCUCGUGCGGAUGUCAUGAAGCUUGGAUUCGUUUCUCGCGCAAACCCAAAGACAAACGAUAAGCACGUUGUCUUGGGAGUUGUGGGCUGGAAGCCAAGAGAUUUUGCCUCUCAAAUGAACCUGAGCCUUUCUAAUGGAUGGGGUAUUGUUCGCACCAUCGCCGACAUGUGUCUCAAGCGCGAAGAGGGUAAGUACGUCUUGGUCAAGGAUCCCAACAAGCAGAUCUUGAGGCUGUACGAGGUCCCUGCUGGCUCUUUCGAGGAUGAUGGCGAGGGUGAGGUCAUUGAGGAGGUUGAGGAGACCGACGAAUAG